UCAAAAAUCUCCCCUUAUCCCAACUUCCCAACCCAAUCUCCUCUUCAGCUCCCCCCAGCCUCUCAUUCUCCUCCCCCAGUAGUAACGGAAACAGAGAGGAAGCUUGCACCUUUUGCUUCCUCCCCAGACUCCACACACACAACGAGAGAGAGAGAGAGAGAGAGCAGAACACCUCAGUGUCACCAUGUCUUCUUCCUCGAACCUCUCCAUCUUCCCCUCCCCCAAACUCUCCCACCUAUCCUCCCACUCUUCCCUCUCCUCCUUCCUCCCCUCCCCUCUAACCCCCACCACCAAUCCUCGCCCCUCCACCACCAUACACUGCGGCCUCCGCGACCUCCGCGAACGCAUUGACUCCGUCAAAAACACCCAAAAGAUCACCGAAGCCAUGAAACUCGUCGCCGCCGCCAAAGUCCGUCGCGCUCAAGAAGCCGUCGUCUCCUCCCGCCCCUUCUCUGAAACCCUAGUCGAAGUCCUCUACAACAUCAACACCCAACUCCAAACCGACGACAUCGACGUCCCCCUCACCAAAGUCCGCCCUGUUCGCAAGAUCGCCCUCGUCGUCGUCACCGGCGAUCGAGGCCUCUGCGGCGGAUUCAACAACGCCGUGAUAAAAAAGGCAGUUUCACGUAUCGCCGACAUCAAAUCCCUAGGGCUCGAUUACAUUGUCAUUUCGGUUGGGAAAAAGGGGAAUUCCUAUUUCCUACGCCGGCCUUUUAUUCCCGUAGACCGAUUUCUUGAGCUCGGCAACCUUCCCACUACCAAAGACGCGCAAGCCAUAGCGGAUGACGUUUUCUCCCUUUUUGUUUCCGAGGAGGUUGAUAAAGUCGAGCUUUUGUAUACAAAAUUCGUUUCAUUGGUGAAAUCCGAUCCAGUGAUUCACACACUGUUGCCCCUUUCACCGAAGGGCGAGAUUUGCGACAUCAAUGGCGUCUGUGUUGAUGCUGCUGAGGAUGAGCUUUUCAGAUUGACGACCAAAGAGGGGAAAUUGACAGUGGAGAGGGAGACGGUGAGGACUCCAACGCCGGCGUUUUCUCCAAUUUUACAGUUUGAGCAGGAUCCUGUUCAGAUUCUGGAUGCUUUGCUUCCCCUGUAUCUGAACAGCCAGAUUCUGAGAGCUCUUCAGGAGUCAUUGGCGAGUGAGCUUGCGGCGAGGAUGAGCGCUAUGAGCAGCGCGACGGAUAAUGCUAUUGAGCUGAAGAAGAGUCUUUCCGUUGUUUAUAAUCGGCAACGGCAGGCUAAGAUUACUGGUGAGAUUUUGGAGAUUGUUGCUGGAGCCGAUGCCCUUAUAUAAUCUGAUGAUUUCUGGGUUCUGCUUAAAGGGAAGUCUUUUCUUUAUACCAAAUCGGUUCUGAAUGAAGAACUAAUGCUUGAUAUGAUUUCCAUUUAAUAAGAGAAAUCUUCAAAAAUCUAUGUGUUCUUAUACUUCAU